AUGGCGGACGGAAGCUGGGGCGUGCGACGCCGACUGGCCAUCUGGGAGAGCCGAGCAGACUCGUUCCGCGAUAAAUCGAGCGCGGAUCCUGUACGAACCUCCACAUCAGGUUCGGGAGCUCCCGGAGCUCCAAGCGGCGCGCCAGCGCAGUACGGCGCGUCGACAGCCGUUGGAUCAACGGCGAUGGCGAACGGAGGGCGCAGAUGGGAGCAGUGGGAUCGGACGUACGACAACGUGCAUUUCUCCACCCCGCGGGAUGGCCAGUUUGGCGGACCCGGCGCGUCGUCUAGCUAUGUGCCGCGGAUCAGGAGGGAAGCACCACCACCACCACCACCACCACCACCAGCACCAUCAGCACCAACCCCACCAGCAGCCACACCAGCAGCCACACCAGCAGCCACACCAGCAGCCACACCAGCACCCCACCACCCUAACCUUCCCCAGCAGCAGCAGUAUUACCCUGGGGUGGACUGGAAGCCCAAGGAGGUGUUCUUCAAGUUCCGCCAGCGCUUCAUGCAGUACAAGCUCGGGGCGAACAUUGAACUCAGGCGCAAGCUGGAUCCUCCCCAGCUAUCCACCACCUCUCUCUCCCCCAAGGCCCCUGCUGUUGCGCCCAGGCACAACCCUCUGUCCCUGUGGGGCUUCCAGGUCAACAGUGCGAACCUGAAGCUGGUCUUAAAGCCCAACAUCACGGAUCGCAAGUGGAAGGUCAUCUUUGAGCCGCAGCGAGGAGACAUCCGCUUCCUCACACGCAAGAUCCCCAUUAUGGGGCUGCUCAACCUGCAGGUGGGCAUUGGGCAUGACUUUCGGCACAACGCAACGGUGGUGGAAGUGGAAACUGACCUCUGUGCUGAAUGGGAACACGCCCUCGGAGAUUCGUUAUAA